AUGUAUCAACACGAGGGAUUCCCAGCAGGAUUUAUAAUCAUGGGUAACUUCAUGUCCAAGGAAUUCAAUGUCACCGGAAAGAGCUCUGAAAUGUACAGUCAGGGAUUCGAUCGGCUAUAUACGGUACUUGUAAAACCCAAGUACAGGAUAUUGCUAAUGAGCUCCUACUUUGUACUACUUCCUGGACCUGGUGAUGCAACGCCAUGCAGCUCGCUGUUACCAAUGGCUCCUCUGCUUUCAGAUUUCACAUCGAGCAUCGCCAAUCGCAUCAGCACACUAUUAGGCGAACAAUCAAAAUUCAUUUGUUCAACGAAUCCUUGUAGGAUUCGACAUUUGAGCCGACGAAUGAUAUUCUGCCGCAGCGAUUUAUUGAACAAUCUGCUGUCCUCAUCGCUACUAACAAGUGGCACGGCCAUGAAGACAAUACCCCCGUCAGAGCUCACUAAAAUGCUCAUUAAUACUGUGUUUGGCCAGGGUCACAUAUGCCCAAACAAACCAGGUGACAGCACUAUUUUAAAGCAUGACGCAGCACUGCUGCUCUACCCCCUUCCGGAUUUGGUAUGUAUAGGGGACAUGUCUUGCCCCUCAUUUGUGGAGUCAAUUCAGUCCACCGUCUUUUGCAAUGUGGAACCUUUCUCAGCUACUAGGUCGUUUUUGUCAUACGAUGCGGUCUCAGGUCACUGUCAGAAAUUCUCUAUUUGA